AUGACCAGAAGGAAGGUGAAGCUUGCAUUCAUUGUCAAUGAAUCUGCAAGGAAGACAACAUACAGGAAGAGAAAGAAUGGUAUGGUGAAGAAGGCAAACGAACUUGCCACCCUUUGUGGGGUUGAGGCAUGUAUGAUAAUUUACAGUCCUUAUGAUACUGAGCCUGAGGUUUGGCCUUCCUCCAUGGGAGUCCAAAGCACACUGGUGAGGUUCAGACAGAUGCCAGAGAUGGAGCAGUGCAAGAAGAUGAUGAACCAAAUGAGCUUCACAAGGGAAAGGAUCCAGAAAAUCAGUGAGCAGGUGAAGAAGAUGAGGAGGAACAAUAGGGAGAAGGAGCUGGCCCAGAUCAUGUAUCACUACUUGAGCAGUGGGAUUUUUCUGCAGAAUAUGACUAUGAAUGAUCUCCAUGAUCUGUCAUGGCUGAUUGGGCAGAACCUGAGGGAUAUCAGUAGGAGGAUGGAGGCACUGGAGAUGGAGCCUCAGAAUGAAGUCCAGAUCCAAAGUCAGGGACAAGAACAAGCCGGAGAAGAUAACAACAAUGGAAAGGGAAUUAUGGAGAUGAAUAUAAGCACAUUGCAGAGACAGCAAAAUUUUAUGGAAUUGAUGAACUGUGCGGGGGAUGAGACACUUCCAUUUGGAGAGGCCAAUCUCUGUAAUGCUUGGUCUAGCCCCUUUUACUUUUGA